CCGCCCACCGCCUCGGCUGGCCUCCCCUGGCGGCCUCGGGCCCUUUUCUUCCCUCCUUCGAGGCGGGGCGGAGCCGGCCGGGAGGCUUCAUUGUGCGUCCGGGCGCCGCCGCCAGCCAGGCCGGGCCUCCUCUUUCGGCUGCUGCCUUUCCUCUCUCCUCAGAUAGCCGGCGCGCCGGCGCCUCAGUCCGGGUCCAUCCGCCGCCACCUCAGCAGCAUGUCGGGCCGGUCGGUGCGGGCCGAGACCCGCAGCCGCGCCAAGGAUGAUAUCAAGCGGGUGAUGGCGGCCAUCGAGAAAGUGCGAAAAUGGGAGAAGAAAUGGGUGACAGUUGGCGACACAUCCCUUAGGAUCUACAAAUGGGUGCCCAUAACAGAGCCCAAAGUAGAUGACAAAGCCAAGAACAAGAAAAAGGGCAAAGAUGAAAAAUGCGGUUCUGAGGUGACGACCCCAGAAAACAGCUCGUCUCCUGGGAUGAUGGAUAUGCACGAUGACAAUAGCAACCAGAGCUCUCUGGCUGACGCUUCCCCCAUAAAGCAGGAGAACAGCAGCAACUCGAGUCCUGUGCCCGAACCGAUCUCCGCGGGGCAGGUGGACGGCCCUGGCUCCAAGCCGGACGAUACUCCGACGGAUGCAAAAGAAGAAGCCGGCUCAGAAGAUGCAUCUGAUGAACAGAAUUCACAGUCUUCAAUGGAGAAUUCUAUCAAUAGCUCAGAGAAAGUUGAAACAGAGCCUUCAGCGGAAAAUGACACAGAGACAUCUAAAAACUCUCAGGACUCUGAAGGAGUGCCACCUCCUAAAAAGAUGAAAAUGGAGGCGCCCUCUCAGCAAAACAUGGAUGAAAUAUAAACUUUAGAUUAUUAUUUUUUUCCCUGGGCGGUUUUUAUGUAAAGGUACAUCAAUGGGCUAAAUUGUUGAACAACCGUUGUACAUGAGCAUCUUCUUCUUCUCCUGGACGAGGAGGGAAAACUCCUAUAAAACUUUCCAAGUUACCAGGCGGAAAAUCCGAGGAAAACCAAGCGAACGUUUUUAAUCUCUUCAGACACUGAAAACUUUUUUUUUUCCCUCCCUGUGAAGCAAAACUGUUGAGCAUUUAAAGUUACUGUCUCCGAAAUGGUUAGAGUAAACACUCAGGAGGGGUCGACGCACUGUUUCUAAUGUCAGAAUUACAAUUAUGCUGCUGAUGUAUUAUUAUUUUUUUUUCCUUUUCUCUCUCCCAUUCUCUAUUUAACAUUAUAAGAUAUUUAAGAAUGGUACAGGUCAGGUAUUCUCUUCACAUGUGAAGUUCACUGUUUCUGAUGUGAUGUCUCUCUCUCUCUCUCUCUCUCUCUCUCUCUCUCUUGUUUUGGGGUUGGUUAUUUUUCGUGCCUUGUGUCCCAAAAUGAUAAAAAAAACAAAAACACAGCAGGGCUAAUUUCUGCAACUUCUCCUUUGCAAAGUGGCCUGUUUGUACAAUGCCAUAUAAAAUAAUGUUCCGUUUUUUUAAAAAAAACAAAACAAAACGCAAAUACUCUGGUGCUUAAUGUCCUGAUAAAGAGACACGUGAGAGAAAUUAAGAAGCCAUUUUCACAGUUGGAGGGCGGUGGAUGGGGAAUUAUCCUCACGGAUGAUGCUUGGUUUUCCUGUACCUCCAGGGUUCACUUCCUUUUUUGAAUGCAACGUUUCAAGUAUACAUUUUCUUAAGUAAGUCAACCUUCUCCUGCACUACCUUGGGUGCCCCCCCCCCCAAACCCCCUACCCCCAAACCACCUUGGUUUUUACAGACUUUUCGUAAUGGAAUAAUGCGUCUACAAAGGCUGUCCAGUGUGGCCUUUUUAAGAUUGACCGACACGUUUCUGACGUUCACUUAAAAUUAGGGUUUCUUCGGUUACAAAAGCAAAUUAUGCGUUUUAAGGACUUGAAUCUGGGAAUCCGUACUUGAGCCUCCUUUUGGCUUCGUUACAAACGGAUCCCCAGUGCAUGACAGUUGCAAGUUUUGAAUAGAUCUAUUCUCCAAUCAUUUUUAAAGAUUCAACUGGAUUUCACCGUUUUGUUCUCUCCCGAGAUGUUGACUGUCGUCCAAACGUUUGUGUGUACUUUUUUUGAGGCUCCUUUUGUCUCAAGAUCUGCUUGUAAAUACAGCUUUGUGAUUUCCGGAGUCUCUCGUUCAGACAGAUGUGUCCCGUGCGCACUUGACCUGGCCACAGAAGCUGGCUUAAUGUAGCAGCUGAAAAGGGCAGCGUGGGCCUACGCAUUUGGGGUGGGUCUUAGGCCAGUUGCUGGGGGCAAAAACCUUGUGGAAAUCAACGCAGCUUCAAUCGCAACAGAUUUGCACUUUGUCGUUUUCCAAUGGGGCUACGUUGGGGCUGGGCUUGCUAGAUUACACACAAGAGUUUUGCACACUUUUUAAGACCUGGAUAAGCUCCUACAGCUCCUUUGGAUAGGUGGGAAUAUUCUCCGCCUGUAGGAGAAAUCCUUAAAGUAAAAUAAAAAGCAACACAUGGGAACAGAUGCCUUUUAUCACGACAGCUAUAAAACAGUUACUUCUAGUUUGCUAUGGAAUGAGUGGGUGGCUUUUUUAAAAAGGAAAAAAAAAAUAGCUUCCAAUCCAGACACUUCCCUUAAUAAUUGCUCGUUUGAAAAAUACUCAUUUCUGAUUUCUCCGACAGUGAAAAUGGCUUUAGUUUUGGCUACUGCAUUGCAUUUGCAAUUAAUUAUUGGGGGGGGGGGGAAAGUUGGUCGAAGUGAAGUGGUCAAUUCUGACCUUCCAUCAAAUGUUUGUAGAGGCGUUAACCGUGUAGAAAGAGGCCAUGCAUUCAAAUUUGGGAAGAUCUCACUUUUGUGUUGAAAUAAAUAUUUGCAUCUCAUCAAAACUAAAUUUUUUUUCCUUGCAAAUUAUUCAUGACAGCAGUGUGCUUCUUGGAAAGUCUCUUUGUGCCUGGAUGACAGAUUCGUUAACUAUCCAAAAGAGACAUUAUUUAUUAUUAUUUGCACAAUAUGCAGAAUUAAAUGCUAAAGUGAUACGUUUUUUUUUCUUCUUCUUUUCUCUCAUUGGUGUAUCUGCUUCAGACAUGGCGAUGACUGGUUAAAUCGCAGCUAGUAUGGACGUGACGUUUAACCGGGGUUCGUGGGGGUUUUCUCGGGGGGGGGCGGGGGGCAUGCCAACUGAUCUAUGAAACAGACAAAUAUAUAUAUUUUUGAACUUAAAAAUAAAUUGUAAAUUAUGUCGCUUUUAAUCGAUCACUGAAAACGGUCCAUGGCUCUGAAACCUCCCCGCAAUAUUCGCUGUCUAUAGAAGCUUUCGGUUUUUGUGGUUGUGCUUUAAUGUGUGUGUGUGUUUUUUUUACAGUUUCCAAGGAAGCAAAUAGGCGUUUCUUUUUUAAAAAAUAAAAAUAAAAAUUUCAAAGCUGAAUCCUGUACUUAAAUGGAUAAAGUAUAUAUAGAUAUAUAGAUAGAUUAUAUAAAUAGCACUAAAAUACCUCAACUAUUUCAUUUGGUUAGAAAUGAUCUAAUGGCAUGGCUGACAUUGUGAUAAGUUUAGUGGUAAAACUGGCUUCUUGAUCUCUUCCCAUGGCCCAUUGCGGCUGAUUUCCCGUGGACUUUAGGUGGAAUUCUGCAGCAGGGAAAAAAGAAAUGCUUGGGAGUUAAACUUUGAAAGAAUAGCGGUCACUUUGUCCUUCCACAGCUCGGAAAAAAGAAAAAUCAACCCAAACCAGCAUCUCCAGAGCCCUCAAAUAUGGUGAUUGGGACCUCCACCCUUAACCAAGGCAGCUAAGCAGAGAGAAUGGAGUUGUAACAGAUUAUUUCCUGUUAAAUGUCUGUCUGCACCAUUUGAACUGCGGUGGGGGAGACCAGAUAUGCAGAAUUGUACAAUAGGUUUAAGGUUUAUUAGAUUUAUAUGCCUCCCUUCUCCCAAGGACUCAGGGUGGCGUACAACAUUGAAACGGUGUCUAGAUUGUGUGUUUCGUGUUUCAUUUCGAAGUGCCUAAUUAGCCACAGGCCCUUCGGUCGCCCAGCUUGCGAAGGCUUUGAGCGGUUGGAAAGUUUAGGGUUGAGAACCAGCCGUGUGUGUCUGUGGAAGAGGGUCUUCCAUCUCUUCAGACCCGGUCCCAGGUCCAGCUUCUAGGUCUGCCUUUACUGGGGACCAUUAAAGCAACUGGUUUUGAUUGCAGAUCCUAAGUGUGUAUGUGGGGGGGAAGGAAAGAAAUAUUGAGAUUUUGCAUCACAGUGACUGGAAAUCCUCAC